UACAGUUCCCCAGACACAUCGGCUGGUAACACAUACUACACAGACCAGUGAAACGCGACAACUGAUCAUGAUGACCAGUCAAAAUGAUAACACGAUGACCUAGAUACUGGGAAGAUGGAGGAAGCAGGCCUAUUGCAUGCACCAGCUGUGCUACAGCCGUCACUAGAGGAGAUACACAGACUGUCCGAGGACCUGAAUCUUAAAUGUACAGUUGAAGAGGAAAACGCUUUCUUCGAUCACUAUAAGAAUGUACUGAAGUCGUACCAGACGGUGUACGAGCUACCCGACCCACAACUACCUGUCCGCUAUCCGCGACUUCCUGGUCACAGGGAACGAAACGAUAAUGCAUGGUACUGGAGGUGUGACAUCAAGGGAGCGGAUACUGGGCUACUGGUCGGUAAGACCGUGGCAAUCAAGGACUCCAUUGCGGUGGCUGGAGUUCCCAUGAUGCACGGCACGAAAUUGCUGGAGGGUUACACACCCGAGUUUGACGCGACUGUCGUCACGAGGGUCCUGGACGCCGGUGGACACAUUCUCGGGAAGGCGGCCUGUGACGACAUGUGUCUUAGCGGUGGGUCCUGGUCCUCUUCUACCGGACCUAUUGUCAACCCAAUGAACCCAACUAAGGACGCAGGGGGCUCCAGUUCUGGAUGUGCUUCCCUGGUAGCCCGAGGAUUAGUGGACAUGGCUAUUGGGGCUGACCAGGGAGGAUCUAUACGUACUCCAGCCAGUUACUGCGGUAUCGUGGGGAUGAAGCCGACGUAUGGCCUGAUCCCCUACACCGGGGCUAUGAGUGGGGCUGUGACCAUCGAUCACCUGGGACCCAUGACGAAGACAGUGGAAGAUUGUGCCUUACUCCUUGAAGCCUUAGCAGGUUUCGAUGAUGACAAGGACCCCAGACAGCAACCGUUCGACUCGGUACCGCAAUAUUCUAAACUGUGUAAGCAGGACGUAUCAGGAAGGAGAGUGGGGGUCCUGACGGAGGGGUUCCUGGGGGUAGACGCAGGUGUUAAUAAAUGCGUACAAGAAAGGUUGCAGAGGCUGACUCAAGCAGGGGUUGUGCUCAAGGAUGUAUCCAUACCUAUGCAUAGUGUAGGAACUGACAUUUUUGUACCAAUCACGGUAGAAGGAUCCCAUGCUUGUGGAGCACACGGACACGGUACUGGUUACCUGUGGAAGGGCUACUAUCCAGUCUCGUUACAAGAGGCCAUGACCAGGGGGUCCUCACUUAGGCCUUAUGACCUCCCAAUAAAUUUGAAGAUGAGGCGAAUUCUAGGUGAACACAUGCGACGAAACUAUCAGAACAAGUUCUACGCCAGGUCACAGAGCCUCGUUCCUGUGUUGAAGAAAGCUUAUGACGACGCUCUCAAGGACGUCGAUGUCCUCAUUAUGCCAACUCUUUCAAAAACGGCCGGGAACCUGCCAACUGCUAAAAGUACAGCUAAAGAGAGACUGGAGGCGUGUAUGGAAAUAUCUAAUAAUCUUGCCUCCUUCGACGCCACUGGUCAUCCUGCGCUCUCCCUAAACGCUGGUGUCUCUGACCAAGAUGGACUUCCCGUAGGAAUACAGAUUGUCGGCCGACUUAACGACGACCUUGGUGUACUUCAAAUGGCCUAUGCAAUCGAACGAAAUUAGAAUAGCAUUUGCUAUUUCGAUAAUCUGUAUUUUUGUUUACCUAAAUUAGCUAAAAUUGAUAGAAUUAUUCAUUUAAAUGUAACUUGUGUUGAAGUAAUGUUAAAACUUGAAACAUACAUGACUAUACAGAAGUUCGAAAAUGCUACGGUAUGGUUUAGUUGUAUUGAAAGAAGUACCUUUGAUAUCAAACCCAAAAUAUGUGCAAAUAGGUCACUGGUUGGCUACACUUUAGUGCCAUUAUACUAUGAAGUGGUAUACAGCAGGCCAAUUAUUGUCCUGGAAUCUGAAAAAGAUGCGUAAAUAGGGAACCUAUUCUUUAUUACCUGUCUUUUUUUUAUAAAAAGUUAAGGAAAUAAUAUAAAUCCUUAUGUGCGUUUUCCAUUUUUUUUAUUCUUAUUAUUAUUAAGUGAAAGUAAUGCCAAUUGGGCAGAUAAGUUGGAGUGUCUGAUCGAAAUUUUAUUAACUCCUGUAUUGGUUUUAGAGGGCACGAUAGUCUAGUGGUAGGACGCCGGGCUCGUUACCGAAGGGUUACGGGUUCGAGUCACGA